AACUUGUCUAGGUCAUUCACUUGUUCCUAGAUAUUUGCAAACAAACUCUCCUAAUUGACUUGAUACCCGUUGCCUCAAGGGACAACACCAACAACAACCACCUUCUUUCUUUACCACGCUCGCUCAUCUACACUUACACCUUACCUUGACAAGCAGUCACACAACACCGUCAAGAUGGCUUACAGAAUUUCUGCCCCCGAUGAGUACCUUGCCAUCACUGGCAUGGGCGUCAAGACGGUCAAGAUCACAAAGGCGACUUGGGUCUGGCCCCUUCAGCGAUGCACACGCUUCAGUGUUCAACCUCACGACUAUGCCAUGGAUCUCCAGGCCAUGACAAAGGAGAAGCUUCAGUUUUCGCUUCCCGUAGUCUUUACCGUUGGUCCCGAUGUUAACCAGCGGGGUGCCAACACCCGUGAGGCCGGUGAAGAUGACGAGCAUGAUUACAGACGCGAGGAUCGUGGCGACUCGCUGAUGAAGUAUGCCAUGCUCCUGGCCAGCUCCGACGCUGGCAACGGCACGCCCGUCCAGGAGAGCCAGCACGUCGCCAACAUCGUCAAGGGCAUCAUCGAGGGUGAGACCCGUGUCCUCGUGUCCAGCAUGACCAUGGAGGAGAUCUUUACCGAGCGAGAGGUCUUCAAGAAGCGCAUCUUCCGCAACAUCCAGAGCGAGCUCGACCAGUUUGGUCUCAAGAUCUACAAUGCCAACGUCAAGGAGCUCAAGGAUGCCCCUGACUCUGUCUACUUCGCUUCGCUGUCCCGCAAGGCUCAUGAGGGUGCUACCAACCAGGCCCGAAUUGACGUUGCCGAGGCCCAGCUGCGUGGUAACGUCGGCGAGGCCAAGCGCAAGGGUGAGCAGGAGCGAGAGAUUGCCAAGAUCAACGCCGAGACGGCUGUUCAGAAGACGGAGCGUGACAUUGAGCGCGCUCAGGCUGAGGCUCACCUCGACACCAAGCGAACCGGUCUCACCCGUGAUGUCGACAUUGCUCGGGUCACUGCUCAGCGUACUCUCGAGUCCAAGGAUGAGGAUCUCAAGAAGGAGGUCGAGAUCAGGCGUGCUGCCGCUGAGAUGGAGCGUCUGCGUGCCACUGAUGUCGUCAAGGCUACCAUCUCUCGUGAGAGUAAGCAGCAGGCUGCCGACGCCGCUGCAUACGAGGUCGAGGCUGAGGCUCGCGCCAACCAGGAGGCCAGCCAGCGCAAGGCCGAUGCCACUGCCUACCAGACCAAGAUUGCUGCCGACGCUGAGGCCGAGGCCGACUUUGCCAAGGUUACCAAGAACACUGACGCCGCUGUCUACAAGACUCGCAACGACGCCGAGGCUUACAACUAUGCUGCUCAGCAGCGUGCAGAGGCUGAGCUCUCUUUGAAGCUCCGUGAGGCAGAGGGUAUCGCCGCCAUGGCUGAUGCCUACGGCAAGAUGUCCCAGGCAUUUGGUGGUCCCGCUGGUCUGCUGCAGUACAUGAUGAUCGAGAAGGGCACUUAUGUCGAGCUGGCCAAGGCCAACGCUACCGCUAUCCGUGGUCUCGAGCCCAAGAUCAGCGUGUGGAACACUGGCAGCAACGGUCAGGGAGGCGGCCAGGGCUCCGACGCCACCGAGACGAUGCGCAAUGUUUACCAGAUGCUUCCCCCUCUCAUGUCGACCAUCAACGAGCAGACCGGUAUUACUCUCCCCGAGUGGCAGUUUGGCCGUCUCAACGCUGGUGUCAAUGCUGUCGACCAGGAGAAGGUGAACGGCAAGGGACGAAUCAACCAGUAAGGGGCACGCUUUCGAAGGAUGGAAUUUGGCCGGAGGUUCUGCUUAUUGAUGACAAACUGAUACCUGGGUUUCUACCCACGCGUGCUUUCGUUCUUCUCUUUUCUUUUGUAAUGAUAGAAUGGGGAGUCUUAUACCAAUUUGCUAGUUUUUGAGAUAAUGAUCCUUUUUUACUCAAUUUUCCUUUUGCUCAUCAGAUUGUGGAGUGGGAGUCGUUCCUUUGGAGAGUUGGACAUGGAUGUUGAGAUGGGCUCAAAACUGGUAAUGGUACAAGUCUCGGUGUUGAAGAGUGCUAAUGGGUUUAUUAUUAAUACUCAGGUACCUUCCAUAAUGAAGUCAAAAACUCAACUCG